AUGGCAUCUGCCAGCGACGCCAAGCUGAUAGCGGCCUGCAAAGAGGGCAAUGUAAGCACCCUGAAAGAAUUGAUGCAAUCUGACGACUUUGAAUGGAAGAAAAGCCUGCAAUGGCUGGACAAGGACGACAACGAAAUGGACACUCCGGCGAUUUUCGUCGCGGUGGACUAUGGUCACAUGGAUGCUGUCAAGCUGUUGUUGGAAGUGGAAUCUGCUGACAUUAAUAUAAAGGACUCGAACGAUUAUUCACCGUUGCAGUUGGCUAGUUUCAAUGGGAACAUGGAAAUGGUGCAAUUGCUGUUGGAGCAUGGAGCAGUGGUGGACCAGGACGCCCUCGACCUGGCCAAGGAACAUGGACACGGAGACAUUGCCACCCUAUUGCGAGGAAAGAUUGAUUUCUAUGUUGGUAUGGAGGAUGUUGAUGAUAUUAUGAUAAAAGCCAGUCGGGAAGGCGAUGUCAAGAAGGUCCAAGAAUUGAUUGCCGAUGGAUAUGACUUUGGCAAGUGGAAGGACUCCGAUGGCACCUACCAGGAAUACUCACCAAUAUACGUUGCCAUGAAGAAUGGGCAUAUUGAGGUUAUUCGAGAAUUUCUGCAGGCGGGAGUGGAAGCGGAAUUGCAUUCUACGCAUUUCAAUCAUGACGUAGCUACCCCACCUGCCACAGAAUUGACUGAGGAACAAAUUGCAACAAUCGCCGAGGAGACUGCCAAGGAGGAAGAGGCAGAAGGAAAAGAAGCCACAGAAGAGGCAACAUCAUGA